AGAUGGUUGAUAUCUCUUCAUAGUACAAACACUUAAUUAGUAAAAAAUGGCAAUUAUGAAGAUGCUCAUGAUGUUAGUGGUGACUGCAAUUUUAUUUUGCAACAACCACCAACUGACCAUGGCGAAAGAAGUCGCCUUGGUCGAUGAGGGAAGUGAGUCACUAGGCUCAUCCCCAUUUGACUUUCUAUGUCAACAUUUGUCGUGGCCACACCCUUGGCCACAACCAUGCCAUCCUCCAAGGCCAAGGCCACGACCACGACCACGACCACGACCUAGACCUAGACCACGACCAUGCUCACCACCACCUCCACCACCGAGCUCACCACCAAGAUCACCACCACCUCCCUCCCCGGCAACGACUUGCUCGGCUAGUGACCAACAACAAGUGAAGACAUGCAUGUUCGAGACAACUUCAAUCGAUGCAUGUUGCCCAAUAUUCAGGAAGAUACUCAGGACUAGUUGUCCUUGCUAUAAGUAUGCUGAGGAUUUGGACAAUCAAAUCUUGAUCACUCUCGAAGCUUAUUGUGAUGUCAGUACCCCCUGCAAGGGUGUGCAAGUGAUUAAGCUAUCCAAGAAUGAGUCAAGAUGAAGUUUUUGAUGCUUAAUUGUUUCAGAUCUUGUUUUAGUUUCUCUUUAUGUUGAAAAGUCUCAAGCUAAUUAAUUAUAUGUUAUAAUACUUUGAAUUUCUAAGGGUACACUUGUAAUUGCGCAUGAGCAAUUUUAGUAGUACAAAUAAGGUUUUUUUUUGGUUGACUUGAGUGACUAAAGAUUUUAAUAUUGAAAAUUGAA